AAAUUCGCCCCCAAAGACUUAAAUUGAAUGCAUGAUUAUUAUUAGGUGCCUCAACGAAACGAAUAGCCAGCCGGCGAAGUUCUCGGCAAUGGCGAGGUGGGUGCCCUCCAGACUCAGUUACUUGGCGGUGUAUCUGUCCUUAUUUCUAUCAGUGCUUGGUUUGAGGGCGGCGGCGGCGGAGACUGGGCGGAGCAGCGCCAGCCCCUUGUUCGUGUUCGGCGACUCCACGGUGGAUCCCGGCAACAAUAACUACAUCGACACCAUUCCCGAGAACCGAGCAAACUACGCGCCCUACGGCCAGAACGGCUUCUUUCACGGCCCCACCGGACGCUUCUCCGACGGUCGCGUCAUUGUAGAUUUUAUCGCCGAAUAUGCGAAGCUGCCCUUAAUUCCUCCGUUCUUGGAACCAUCUGCUGAAUACGUUGCCGGUGUAAACUUCGCCUCCGGUGGGGCUGGCAUUCUUCCUGAAACCAAUCAGGGUUUGGUAAUUGAUCUGAAGACACAGUUGAAGCACUUUGGAGAGGUGCGAAAAGCGUUGGGAGAUGAAGAGGCGGCAAGGAAGCUCAUAUCGGAAGCUGUUUAUUUCAUUAGCAUUGGGAGCAAUGACUACAUGGGUGGCUAUCUUGGCAACCCAACCAUGAGGCUUCGACAUCACCCUGAAGAAUACGUGGGCAUGGUCAUUGGGAACUUGACGCAAGCAAUCCAGGAAUUAUAUGAGGUGGGUGCCAGAAAAUUUGGGUUCUUAAGCCUGUCGCCUUUAGGUUGCUUGCCGGCACUAAGAGCUUUGAACCCUAAAGGCGAAGAAAGCGGCGACUGCUUUGAAGAAGCUUGCUCCUUGGCAUUAGCACAUAACAAUGCUCUAAAGCUUGUCCUCACUAACCUGGAGCAUCUUCUAAAGGGCUUCAAGUAUUGCAACUCCAAUUUCUACGACUGGCUUCUGGACAGAGUCAAUAAUCCAUCAAAUUACGGUUUCAAGGACGGGGUGAAUGCUUGCUGCGGAACUGGACCAUUUGGGGGAGUGUUCACUUGUGGAGGCACCAAGAAGCUAACUGAUUACCAGCUUUGCCACCACCCCGAUGACCAUGUUUGGUGGGACUCUUUCCACCCCGCUGAGCGGAUCCACCAGCAGUUUGCCGAGGCCCUGUGGGCCGGACCGCCGCCGGCCGUCCGGCCCUACAACCUCCAAGCCCUCUUCUUCGCCGGCGAGACCCUCACCAUUGCCGACAUCGUCGACGAUCCAGACGCCCAGCAGAUCAUUUAUUGAUCGGCUUAGUUAGGAAAAACAGAAAAUAAAAUUGCUCUCCGUGAAAGCACUUCUUACGAAAAAGAUAUAUUGUCGGAGACAGCAUAAGCAUAAAUUUGGCAUUGCUUCCAAGAGGCACUGAAGCAUGCUUGGUUACAAAAAUGAUUUUGGGCAUUGUGUGAUGUUAGGUAAAUGGAGUUUUCAUAAUAUAUAUAAAUAUAUAUAUAAU